AUGUUGCGUCUUGUGUUCGCGUUAUGUGCCGCACGCGCGCUCGCGGAAUACUGUCCACCGCCCUCCGCGGAGACCUGGAUGGAGGAGAUGUGGCCUUGGAUCAAGGAUCGACAAAUCGUGGGUCUCAUGCUGCCCGGAAGCCACAACUCGGGAGCUGUCAAAUCCAUGAGCCAUCGUGGCCACUGUGGUGCGAUUUAUGGCAAGUUCAAGAGUGACAUCAAGGCAGCCGUGGGCCCCUUCCUUGAGUCGCUCGUGACGGACACUAUGCUGCAAACCUAUUAUCAGCCAUGGAAUGUCAACCAGCACUUGGGCAUCUACGACCAACUGACCAAGGAGGGAGUGCGCUUCUUUCACCUGAAGUUCUGCAACUUCGUGAACGAGAACGACAAGAUGGGACCCUUUGACUUGCACCACCUCUACCACUCCCACGGAGGCUACACCUCGAUGAGCCUUGCUUCGAUCUUCGAAGACAUCCUGCGAUUUCUCGACGAGCAUCCCGUCGAGUUCGUGGUGGUGGGACUCAACAACUUCUGGGAGAUUGACAACGCACCUGAGCUUGCGGCAUCCGUCGCCAGACAUCUCAACUCCACGAACGUGUCCUUGGUCAGGACUCAGGAUUGGUCCAACUCUCUGGCGGACCUCGCAGAGGAGAACAGGCGCCUGGUCAUCUUCGUCCCCGAGUCGCAAACUGAGGGCAUUCUCCCUUCUGAACAAUACCUGAUUGAGAAUUGGGACCACGACGAGAUGGGGAGCGACGACUUCGACCGGGUGAAGCGGUAUCUGAUCCAGGAUGCCAAGACCUAUGCGCAGACGCCUCGAGACAAGUUUUACGCCUUCUCAGCCCACCCGUCCAAGAACACGGACAAUCUGACUCCAGACAAAGUCUUUGGUCAGAGCUCCGACCCGAUGGUGGACUUCCAGUUGGGAUGGUUCAACAACAGCAACUACUUCCCAUCGUUCGUGGAAGAGCUGAUGGAGAAUUACAG